GGGCACAUGUUUUGAAAGCAGAGAAAAACCAGAAUCCAUUUCUUUUAUGAAACCUAACUUCUUAUUAAUGGUAAGCUUGCCAAUACAAAUAGACUAAAAAAGAUGGAUGCAUGCGGCAUAUCAUGUACUGUUAAUAUAGAAGAACUUUCACCCACUGGUAUCGUGCAGAAAAAAACACAACAUCGCAACAUAUUAUUAUUAUUAGGCAGAGAUGAAUUUAGAGAAAUUGUUCUUAAAUUACAACUCAGUAAGAAAGAAAUCAAAUACUCAAUAAAAGAAGUUGUUAUUCAUAAAAAAUUUAUCAAAGAUGGCAAAGCUACGAUAAAAUUACCAGAAACCAGAGUUCAGUUUUUAAUAAGUAACUGUCCCCCUGAUAAAUUAGUCAUGUUUAUUAAGACAUUACAGACAAAGUUAGAAUGUUUAAAACAAAAAGGAUUUAUUAGUUUACGAAAAAAACUCUUAUCAGACGAAAGAAAGGCUUUUUCAGAAAUUAGUCCUUUAACAAUUAAAGAUUUACAAGAAGCACAAAAAAUCAAAAAAAAGCAAGAGGAGGUCAUCAAACCUCAAGAAUUAAAUUCUAAGAAAAGAAAGCGCCCAGAUGAUGAUAUUCAAGGUAAAGAAAAUGCACAGGUUGCCAAGAAAGCGCUGACAUGUCCUCCUAGUCUUACUGUAGCAGCUCCAGUUGUGUUAAGUAAAGAACAGAAUAUGGUAUUAGAUAUAGUAUUACGUGGUAGAAAUAUAUUCUUCACAGGCAGUGCUGGUACUGGAAAAUCAUUCUUAUUAAAAAGAAUCAUUGGUGCCCUGCCACCCCAUCAUACAUUCGCUACAGCUAGUACUGGUGUAGCUGCUUGUCAUAUUGGUGGAACUACUCUUCAUGCUUUUGCUGGGAUUGGAUCUGGUAAAGCACCUUUAGAACAAUGUAUAGAACUGGCUUCACGUAAACUUAUAACACAACAGUGGAGAAAAUGUCGACAUUUAAUUAUAGAUGAAAUAUCUAUGGUAGAUGGUGAUUAUUUGAUAAACUAGAAACAGUAGCCAGAGUUGUUAAACAAUGUGAUCAACCAUUUGGUGGUAUACAGUUAAUAGUUUGUGGGGAUUUCCUACAGUUACCACCAGUUACUAAAGAUUCAGAAAAAAGAAAGUUUGCUUUUCAG